UUCAUUAUCACUGAAUCAAUCAUAUGAUUUAAUUGAUUCAAAUCAACCAGAAUUACAAAAUUAUCACCAUCAUAGUUCACAGAAUAACAAUAAUGGUAAUGGUAAUGGUGGUGGUAAAAUUACCUGGAUAAUGGGUGCAUUUUUAUUAAUCAAUGCUGCACUUGGUGCCGGUUUACUUAAUUAUCCGGUUGCAUAUGAUCGUCUUGGUGGUCUAGUUUAUGCAACAAUCAUACAAUUAUUUGCAGCAAUAUUAAUGAUGACAACAAUGUUAAUAUUAAUUUAUUGUGCACAGAUUAAUAAUGAAGAUUCAUAUCAUGGUGUUAUGCGUACAAUGUGUGGCCAACGUGUUAUGCGUAUAUCGGCCGCAUCGAUUGCCAUAACUUGUUUUGGUAUUUGUGUUACAUUCGUUAUUAUUAUUGGUGAUCAAUUUGAUCGUAUAUUUGCAACGUAUAUUGGUCGAGAAUUUUGCCAUUAUUGGUGGGCUAAUCGUUUUUUUACAAUGACGGUAACGGCCAUAGUUUUUACAUGGCCAAUGUGUUAUUUUCGUCGUUUGGAUUUUCUUCGUCAUAUUAAUGUCUUAGGUGUUAUUGCUAGUUUUUAUAUAAUAUUUUUAAAUAUUUAUUCAUAUUAUAAUCAUGAACCGGAUCCAUAUCAUAAAUAUCAAAUACGUACUGAACCACAAUCAUUAUUGGAAUUCGUUGCUGCAUUACCUGUUGUAUUUUUUGCCUAUCAAACACAUGAAAUUGUUAUACCUGUUUAUGAUACAAUGGCAGAGAAAAAUAUACAAAGUUUUUCCAAAUCCAUACUAAUAUCAAUGUUAGCAUUAUUAAUAUUAUAUUGUUUAGCCGGUUCUUAUGGUUAUUUAACAUUUGGUUCAAAUGUUGCACCAGAUAUAAUGUUAAUGUAUAAUGCAAAUGAUCCAAUAGUUUUAGCAGGUAUUAUUGCAUUAAUAAUAAAAAUGAUAACAACAUAUCCACCGGUUGUAUUUUGUGGUCGUGAAACUAUUGUACGUAUUAUUUUAAGUCGUUAUCGUCGACAACAACAACAACAACUACGAUCCGGUUAUGAAUGUUUAACGGAUGAAAAUGAAUCAUUAUUAUCAUCAGCAAAUAAUUAUGAACAUCGUUGGAAUAUAAUCAUAACAACCAUAUGGAAUAUUUCUGUAUUAAUAUUGGCGAUUGUAAUACCGAAUAUAACGAUUGCAAUCGGUUUUCUUGGUUCGCUAGCAUCUUGUAAUGUUUUUAUAUUUCCAGGUAUUGCUUUAUUUGCUUUGAUUAAACGAUAUCGACAAUUUGGUUAUAAUCAUCAUCAUCAAAAUCACCAAAAUCACCAUCAUAAUCAUGGGCGAAAACAACGAUCAAAAUUCAUUGAAACUACUUCGGCUGUCCAAUAUGUUGAUGACGGUGACGGUGAUGAUGAUUUAAUAACUGAAAGACAAUCAUGGUUUUCAUCCAAAUUCAAUAUUCGUCAUAAUCGUUGGUUACAGAAUCUUUUACAAAUAUAUUCAAUAUUCAUUAUUAUGAUGGGUAUUGUUAUGUUUAUUAUAAUACUUAUACAAGUUUAUCAUGAUUUUCAACAACCAUUUGAACAUGGUGCUGUUUGUGAUUUAAUUUCAAUCAAUCAAUCAACAGCUAAUAGUACCCAAUCGGCAAAUAGUACUCAAUCAGAUCGAAGAUCAAUGAAUUGAAUUAAAAAAAAACAAAAAUACUUCCUAGUUCCGGACAAAAAAAUCAUCAAAAACACACAUCCA